AUGGAUAAUAAUUCAGUCGAUUCUUUAAUUCCAAUUAUCAUUACUGGUCCAUCUGGUGUUGGUAAAGGAACAUUAAUUGAUAAAUUAAGAAAAGAAUAUGAAGGAUCAUUUGGACAUAUUGUAUCACAUACAACUCGUAAACCAAGAGAGGGUGAAAUUAAUGGUGUUCAUUAUCAUUUCACAGAUAUCCCAACAAUGACAGAAGGUAUUAAAAAUGGUGAUUUCAUUGAACAUGCAAAUGUACAUGGUAAUUUUUAUGGUACAUCAAAGAAAGCUCUUAAAGAUGUUUCUGAUAAAAAUAAAAUUUGUAUUUUAGAUAUCGAUGUUCAAGGUUGUGAAUCUGUUAAAAAAGCAAACAUUCCUUGUAAAUUCAUUUUCAUUUCACCACCAACUUUUGAAACUUUACAAGAAAGAUUAAUUGGAAGAGGUACUGAAAAUGAAGAAACUCUUAAAAAGAGAUUAGAAACAGCAAAAAAAGAAAUGGUUUAUAGAGAUAUUCCUGGAUUUUUCGAUCAUGUUAUUGUAAACAAUGUUUUAGAUGUAGCUUAUGGUGAAUUAAAAUCAAUUAUUUCACCAUUUAUUUCUUUCCAAUCAAAAUCAAAUAAAUAA